UUAGGUUUACGAUGGAGUUAUGCUGAAUAGACAAUUUAUUAAUAAAUAAACAGUAAAUUUGUUAUAUUGUACAAGUGCCGGCUCAUAAUCUGUAGAAAUAAUAAUUUACUGGUUUCUGAUAAAUUUGCCUUCAUAGCCCGAGUAUGCUUCUCGUCCAGUAACAGCAUUGUUUUGUAUCAUAAUGAAGGAAACUUCCAGUGGGAAGUAGGAGUUGCAUUUCAUACUGUUAGAAACAGUUUUAAAUGCUCUGGUAAAAUGGAGGGACCUGAAAAAAUUAAGGAGGGGGAACUGAAAUAUCUGUUACGCCUCCUUGACGACCUGUCGCCCGAGGUCUUUGAGGAGAUACUACAGUUCUUCUAUUACAUAGAGGAAUCCAAACCAUGUAGAGACAUAUCAAAUGAAACCUUAGCAUUUUUGAAGCAAAAUCUCAUCAGCAACCCAAUCACCACCUCCAUCAUCCUGAGGUACUUGCAGUUCCACCUCAUGCUAAAUAACUUGAACACUAACAAAAUUCUGACACUUUAUUCAGAAGUGCUAUUAAAUAAUUUGUCAAUAACAGAUAGCAUUGAUAAAACAAUCACAAUUAUGUCUUUGGUGAAAUGGGAAGAUCAAUUUAUACCCCAAUUUACCCAACAAGUCCUCAAACUGGUCUCUGAUGACACAUACAGACAGUAUAAAAAACAGAUUCUAAUUGGUCUAGUACCCCAAGAAAGGCCAGAACUUUUAAAGGUCACUUCUGAGUUUAUACAGCAGAAUGAGCCGCAGAAAGAAUUCAAAUUGACUCCAGAGUACAUGCUAGAACUCUGUUACCAAGACAAAACACACUGGCUUUUAAAGGCUGCUCAGGUGUACAAGCACCAGCUACAUGAUAUGAAGAAUGUCACAUUCAAAAUCAACAACUUCACUAAGCAAAUACUCAUAAUGGUUCUGAUAGAUUUGACAAACAGCCCAGAAACAUAUGACUUACCAUCUCUUGUUCACCAAUUAACUAAUAUCUUUUCAAUUUUGGACACAUAUUCCACUCCCGAUGAACAACUACAGUUCUAUAUAACAGAAGUGAAGAGAGAGUUGACCAUAAUUAAGUUUUGCUUAGAAAACAAUUGCAAAAUCAUGACCACGUCAAUAUUUAGCCAGGCUCUGACGCAAAGUGCUCUAGCAUUAAUUUCCCAAGUCUGCAGGCUACCAAAAGUAGACAGAUAUAAAGUAUCAAGACUUUUGAAUACAAACAAUGAUAUAAUAACAGAAUUGAUGACUUUACAAGGGAGUACCAAGAGACCAAAAGGUGAUCAGAAUUUAAACUGGGACAUAGUGACUUAUAACAGCUAUUGCGCUAUCACUAAAAUUAUAGACACAAUACUAAACGCAGCUGAAGGCUCUGAGGAUGCUGUAGAAAUUACCUCUUCCCUAGACGAAGUAAAACGCGUGGUCUUAUCCAUACAACCCAUGCAAGCAUGCAUCGAAGUUAUCGAGAACAUUUUCGCAUGCCUCUUCCUAAGAUACGAGUUCUUUUCUUGCCAUGUACAUUAUCAAGAGUUUCCCUGCGGAACUCAUUCGGACUGUUCAUACUUUUAUUCAAAAAAACAAGUGAAAAAUCCGAAAGGGAACAAGACCGCCAGCGCUGGCUUCAUGUGUAACGCCAUGACGAUGCAGAUAAUUUUGAACACAUUGAAAUUGUGCUUAGAGUCUUUGGAAGACAAUGUGAACGCAGACACCACAGACAGUGUGGUCCUGUCGAGGUUGAAACGCCUUGUGAAGGUUGUGAACCACUCUCUUUGGAAGCUGCAGCUGGUAUCCACUCUCCCGCCCGACACGGGGCCGCUGCAGCUAAAACUAUGCUUAGAUUACGUGGAAGUUGACGACAGCAGCGAGGAAGAGGAUCGCGAGCUUGACUUGAGGAGCUCUAGGAGGAAGCUGAGGGUGCGGAGACGACACACAAACCCUAAACCUGAUGUCGACCAAGUGAUGUUAGCAUCUACAAUCUCUGCUACUGAUGAUGUGACCAGUUCCACAAAAGGAAACAUUGACUUCAUCUCCGUAAUGUUGGCGAAACCGAACAGCUUGGUGGCAUUGGCACUCUACCAUAACGAUUUCUCUAAAGCCAAUCAAAUCAUAGAGAUGUUCGAUCUAGCCGAUGCCGAGAUCGCAACAGAGGUCUCGUUCACCGAGCAGCUGCGUCACCUUGUAGCGAAAAUCAAAAACAUUAUUUACUACAAAGGCGACACUCCCUACGCUACCAAAGAACUGUCCGCCCUUUCCGUAGUAUCCACAGAAGUUAUGGGCUUAGUUGAAGGGUUUCUGGCUUCAAACAGGCCUCCUAACUUUUCUUUUGACGUUAUUCAACUAGCCGCUUGCCAUCCUCACCUGCAGCUGUAUAGCCAUCAGAACGCCUCUUUUAUCAACGCGGUCGACAUUCUUUUAAGCAGCGGUCUGAAUAGAGAAAUAACUUAUGGAUUAAUCAAUGUCGUCGAACGAAAACUGGCCGAAGUACGCUCGUCCACGGACGUGGCUGCCGUUAAAAAGAUCAACUACAUCAGAUUCAUCGAAGAUAUAGCCAGCGUUACCUUCGAGAUCUUUGGCAAUACGGAAAAGUCCUUCGAUUUCAUCGACAAUGUGUGCGGCCUGAUCGCCGACUGCCGAAUACCGAUCAAACAUAAAGAGUUCUGCAAAAUGAAUCAGCUGUCCAAAGAACUGCGUCAAUGCUGCGAGGAUUUAGCAGACAUCGUCAACCCUAACAAGACUAACAUCGAUCCGAAUCUGUUGCAGAAAUACCAUCAGAUUUACAUGAACAUCGUAGCCGCAUCUGACAAAGACUUGUGCAAUAUAGGAGAAGUAUCUCGACACGGAAAUAAGAAGACAAGAACGCACUACCUCAGGAUGUGCUAUAUGUAUUGCAAAACAGUAUCUCAGCUAGAAUUGGAAGAGAAUGCAACCACCGCAACGGAAACCUCCUACUUCACUGUAUUAGAGAAACAACUGCACGACAUAUUCGGCAGCAUGAUCAAUACCAAAGAAAUUCCAGUAACGUACUUGGAGCCUAUUUGCAAGAAGCUGAACGUCAAUUUGAUACCGAAAUUGAUACUGAAUUUUUGCCCGUCGAUUAUACUUACACCUCACAUGGAAGCAAGUGAGAUUAACUUUAAUAAUUUGCUUCAAGCUGUAUAUGAGUUUAAAAAUACAGAGGAAAAUUUGUUUUUGGAGCCGGAUACGAACAUGGCACCACUACCGCGCGCGCCGACGCCUCAAUGUCUCACAUACAUCGUCUUACACAAUUGGGUGUUGGCGCAUUUGAUCAAAAAGAUCCACACAUCGCCGAACGACAACAGCUUUCAGCAGAGCAUGGACGCGCGAACGAGAUACCUGAACAACUAUAUGUACUUGGAAAGAUUUAACUACACCAAGGCUCUCUUUGGAGGUAAUAAGUAUUUAGCGUCUCUCCAUACCACAAUUGAUCUCGACAAGUUGUUCCUGUUCAUGCCUCAGCUGAUUGAAGCUGGGAAGUUACUAAAAUGCCUGAAUAUAAUUGACGCACUCUCUGAAAGACAAGUACUGUGCAGUGCUAAUUUGAUGAACCUGCGAGAUCUAAUAUUAUUCAAACUGGCCAUUCACCCGAAGAUAGAGAACAAUUGGAAAUACUGCCAAUACCUGAAGUGUUCGGAGCUGAAGGUGAAUCUCAUUCUAAACAAUCUGAACAGUUGGCCCGCUGAAGGAGCUCUGGAGGUGUUGGAUUAUUUGAGGUUCCUACUGGAUCGGGAGAUAUUAGACGAAGAUUUACAUGAGAAAUGCUCAAAUUGGAUGGUUAAAAUACCACUAUAUAAUCAGAUCGCAUCAAUAAUGGGCUCCAGCCAUUGGUACGACGUUUACGAGCGUUCCAUGAACAACCCCGAAAACGUCAUCGAAGUCCUAAUGGACAGUCAGCAAUUCCAACUCUGCCUGGACUGGGCCGAGGUCCACGAGGUCUCGGAGCACAUGAAACACUUGAUCACCAUGAAUCUCUUACGACAGCUGUUUGAAUACACGAACCAAGCCACUCCUUCUCUAGUUGGUGAACUUUUGUCAAGCUUGCCAACUAGUCAAGCGAUGGAUCUCAUCCAAGAGGAAAUGUCCAAAGUCAGAAAUGUCGAAAUACUCCAAGUUUGUGUAGACUUCGUCUCAGAAAAUUCCUCCGAUUGGAAAUCGUUUGAAAACAUCAAGAUCGGGUUGCAGAUCAUGCUCGAAAUAGAUGUAAUCCUACGACAAAUGUUCUGGGAGUUGAUCGAGAAACCUCUGCUAAUGCUUGAGCAAUUUCUCAUGAACGCCAAACUAGAUGUACUAUCAGUAAUCAUUAACAAGAUCUCGAGUAAUUUGAAGAAAGAUCCCAGUGGAGACAACUUAUACUAUAACAUAAAGUUGAUAGAUAACAUAGUGAUUUCAAGGAACUCUGUGGAUGCGUUGCUCCGUUUCUACGCCGAGAAAGCUUUGGAUAUGAACCCAAAGAACACUUGCGUUGCUCCACCAAAACCUUCGGAGGAUUCUCUCAUGCAGUCUAUAGAUUCCAUCAACAUUGAAGCGGCGUCGAGGCCUUUUGUAAUGCCGGAGCAGGUGCCCCCGAAAGAGCAAUGGGCGGAAGACUAUUCGACGGAUCGGUGCAUGGUGUGUCAAACGUCUAUAUUCUCUAUGAUCAUUCGGAGGCAUCAUUGUAGACGGUGUGGCAGGCUUGUGUGCCAUGUUUGCUCGAGGAAUAGAAUGCAGGUGCCAACAUACCCAAGCAGCGUUAAAUUCCGCGUAUGCAACGAUUGCUACACUCAAACCACCAACAAGAAGCACACCUCGGACCAUGACAACAUGAUGCUAAGCAGUAACUCUGAUUCUGCCGGCAGCGGCAUCACUUGUAUGGACUGGUGUUUAUCGAACAAUUCUGGAAAAAAUGAGGCUGUUAGGGCGGAAUUUGGAUUUGAAUUUACCCCGAAUGUUACUCUGUGUUUGAGUAUAAUGAAGAUGCAUUCCAUCAGCUUGGAAUAUCCGAAAUUCCUCCUAGACAGGAGCGACGAGAUAGCGCGCGCGUUGUCCGGCGGAGGCGACGCGAGGCUACUGGUGCGCGCGCGGCGCUCCCUGCUGCUCGCCGCCGCCGAGCUCUACUCCCGCGCACCGCACGAGAUCGCUGGUAGUGGGCGCGGACGCAUCGCGGAGACGGGAGCGGCGCACGCGGCCCGCUGCCUCGCCCACGCCGACGCUAUGGCCACACUCGUUACACAACAGGCGCACCACCUUGUGCCGCGUUUACAACACCCUAGUCAAAUCGUCCGUUCCCUACUAGAAGCCGAGAAAUGGGAGCUGGCUCUAGAAAUAGCCACCAAAUCCGGGAUCCCUCGCAACAGCGUAUUAGCCGCUUGGGGCAAGGCGUGUCUUAAGGCGGGGUGUUUCAAGCAAGCGCGGGAAAAGUUCGCGCACUGCUUCAAGAACACCGUGAACGUGUACUUAGAGGUGGCCGAGGACUGCGAGUACGGGAGGGAGGCUUCUGAGCAGUUCUUGAAUAGGAGGUUGCAAGGUUUAAGACAGUCGGAACGUACCAGCUCAGUAUCAAGCACCCAAUCCGAAGGCCGGCCCCGAGCCAACCCGCCCCUCCUCAACGAGAUCAUCAGCAUGCUCGAAGACAUGAACUACCCCGUCAACCAGCACAUCCUCAACAAGGCGGAGACUAUGAAGUCUACAAACGAAAAACUGACAUCCCAAAACGCAAGCAAAAAGCGUAUCCAAGUCACCGAACCAGCUCUCAACAUAAUGCACACACUAGCAAGCGUGAAAAAAAUCAAACAGGGUGACUAUAGCGACUUCCAAACAGCCACCGUCCAGCUAAAGAAAAGCCUCGCUCAAGGGCUAUUACGAAGAAACAACAACCACGAGCCUAAAGUAGACCAUCUAGUCAAAAAACUAGACCCAUUCUUUUAUAAAGAAUGCGUCUACUACUUAACUAACUACGGUUCUCACGUAGCUAACAUAGCAUUUUAUAUGAAAUAUAAGAACAUGUCAGAGGUGCUGACGUAUUGCUAUGAUAACUUGGUGGAUAAGGAGACGUUUACGGAGUCGGUGUAUAUGGAGUGUUUGAAGAAGGAUAAGGUCAAUGAGCUGCUGAAAGCUAUGAGUGAUGUGGAUAGCACGCUGGAUUUGUGGUCGGAAUACAUAAUGCACAUCUGCCGCACCCUGGAAGCCACGAAGCGCCUAGAAGCGCUGUACGCGCUGCAGUGCGGCUCGGGGCAGCACGCGCGCGCCUCCGCCACCUGCGCGUUGCUGUACGCGCGCCCUGUACGAACCACGCCUUUCACAAUAUUACAUACUCGAAGUGGGACUUUAGCUGCUGCGCACCAUCAUCUCUCGCAGUGUGUUCCUGCAAUAAGAACAAACGACCCGAAAUCCAUCCACUUCCACCUAGACAAAGUGACGAUAGACAACCUCAUGACCACAAUAUCGCGUCAAAUGGAAGUCGCUAAAUACUUAGCAGCGAACGAAGCGGCCGAGCGACUACCUUUAAACGUCAUAGAUGAGGUUAUACCAAUGCAGUCUAGAAGAGACCCAGAUGCUAAGGAGUUUAGACCACUUACGUUGUUCGGAUCGAAUACGGAUAAGAUACGGAUAGUGGCUUUAAUACUGGCUACAGGACAGUCUGUUAAGGAUGGAUUCGACCUAGCUUUCAAGGUAAUAACAGAGCACAAGCUGGACUCUAUGAACAUCUACACACAUGUAGCCAAGUACCUGGUGAACACCGACCGCUUCAUGGAAGUGAAGACUUUGGCCAAGUGCAUCAGGGAAUCCAAGGAAACUGCGUCCAGCCUGAUGAGCGACCAAGUGCUGGAAUGGGGAGUGGGCGCGGUGGUGGCGCGGUGCGAGGCGCGCGGCCAGCUGCACGACGAGCAGGCCGAGCUGCUCAUACAGCUCGUCUCCAGCCUCAGCAUUAAGAUAUCGUGCUAUCUGCUCUGCCGCAACGUAAGCAACGCGUACAUCCUAGCGGCGCGCCACGACCGCACCAACGAACUGCGCAGAGUGUUGCACGAGGCCGAGCGCCUCGGACACGACCAGGUGCGCUCCGCCUGUCUCAAGCGGCUCACUGCCAAGUCCACCAUCAACUGAACGUUCAGCUAAAUGUUUAAUGUCGAAUUGAAUUAAAGGACUCGCUGUUCAGACGAAUAGUACGAAUGAUGUGUCCACACAGGACGAGUUAGCUCGCGAGUAAAUGCUGCGCGAAGCGUCGAAUCAUUCCUCGGGCGAGUCGCGGCUAUCCUCGUUCGUUUUGUGUGCACUGGAAAAAAUAGUACGCGAAUAUAAUAUUGUCUUCGGUUAUCGCGAUAGUUACUCAUGAAAUAAAACUAUGAAACCACGCGCGUGGCUUUGUAGCUUUUCCUCAGUCACCAGGAUGUAUUAUAAAUUCAAUAUACGCGAUAUAAUCCGUUUUCAUAGUUUUAUUUCAUGAGUACGCGCUACGCGAAUAAUUGUUCUAUUCAUAAAUAGAGCUGACAGUGUAUUUUUUUUAUACAAGACGCAUUAAUUUGUGCUUGAUAAAUACUUGUAUCAAUAUCUUGACUGAAAUUAGCUUUGUUUUGCUACACUCAUAAACAUGCGAACUAGAACUAUAUGUAUAUACCGUAACUGACAAUUCUUAAACCUUAUUGUAAAGAAUUACGGUCCACAGAUAGUCACUCAAGAGUGUUGCUGUUUAUAACUGGGUUAAUUUCAAAAGUACUCGCUGUUUUAAUAGACCUUCUAUAGGAAAACAUGACAAUAACACUAGUUUGAAUUUUCCUAGUCUGAUGGUUUCAUAGUAACAGAGGCUCCAGUACCCAACACAGCUCCAAUAAUCGACAUUUUCAAUCAUAAUGUCAUAGUAAUAAAGUUGACAACAAGGUGUCGAAUAUUGGGUCUUGACAUGUCGAUUAUUGGGGUGUUUACGCUAUAUUAGAACAGUAAUAUUGGAACUUUUUAAAUCACACUGUAUGCUCAUGUUCCUUGUCAUUAUAACUAGAGACGGUAGCUAGUCACAGUCAGCUAAGUUCAUUAGAAUAAGGUUACCAACUUACCAAUACCAAUGGCAAUAGCUAUAAUAAAAUUGCAGGCAUUACAAAAACCCAUAUACGUCUAUAUUAAAGACAAUGUAUAUAAUUUUGAUAAGGUUUUGACUGGAAAAAAAGAAAGGUUUAUUUUGAAAAGGUUUUGAGUGUAAUGCAAGUUAUUAUACUACCAUUAUUUCAUAUAAUUGUAGUAUUUGUACUUGUUUAUAAACUAGAGAAGUGACGGGAAAUUUGAUAAAAUGACAAUGCAAGUGCGAAAAAUGUAUUAAAAAUUAAAUAUAGAUUUGAUACAUUUUAGCAUGAAGCCAGUAAGUAGUACCUGCUGGUGCAAUAACUCCUAAAUGAAAUGCAAUUUGUUUUUUUAUUAUUAUCUAUAUGCAUUAAAGGAAUUAUGAUAUUGACUAAGAGUUUAGGAAUUAUGUUAUAGUAUUUUUUUGUUAAUCAAAUCAAAUGAAUUAAGUAUUAGUGAAAUUGUAUUAGCAUUGCAUGAUUUUAUAUACAUUUUGUUGAGUAUAUUGCUUGUUUCUAAUGUAUUAAUAAUUUUUCUUUUUGUUUCAUAAAUAUAGUGUGUUGCUAAUGUUGCUAUUGUUUUAUGUAUGAACGCAAAGUUUCACAAGUGUAAAAAAUAAUGUAUGUAUUAAUAUGAAUAAAUAUUUUGCAUGGGUUUGAAAUAGAUACAAAUUGUUAUGUUAAAAACUCACAUAAAUGGUUGUAUAUAGCCCACUAUAAUAUAUAUUUUUAUAUAAAAAUGAUAAAUCAAGUUAUGGCAACGCUCAAAAUACAUAUUUAAAAAUUUAUAUACCUGGUGCUUGAUAUUAUUAAACAAAAUGAAAGAAUAUAAUCUUAGAUUUAGGUAUAUUGUAAUUUGUACUGGUCUCAUUCUUUUUGUGAUAUUCUAAAUUCUAUAAUGAAUAUAAUUGUUAUUUUGAUAC